AUGACUUUAAUUGGAGCAAUUUUCAAUAGAGCAAAGACAAAAGAAACAAGUAAACGUAAAUAUACAUCACCGCCUCCAGAAAUAGAAGAAAGUAAAUUGAUACGAAAGAAAAGAAAAAGAUUUUACAAGUACAGAAAUGUCAAAGCUAUCGUGGAUAGUUCGCCGCCAUCUUACGACACACAACGAAUGUUCCGCUCAAUACCGGAAUGGGUCCAACGUACAAGAGAUCUUUAUAUGGAGAACGCUCGAAUGCUGUUCGCUAUAAGCUCUGCUUAUAUGAAUGGAGGCAGAGUCGACAGUCAUUGGACAACAGGAUUAUAUCCUACCAGACAAUAUUAUGAGAACAGAUUGCACUUCUACAGGAACACUGUACAAGAAAAUAUUGCAAUAUACAAACGUAUUGAAAAAGCUGGCCCGAGAGUGGUUCCAACGAAAAUUUUAAUAGAGGAAUGGAACAGAAAUAAAGUUAAAAUUGUUAAGUCGGCGAAGAACAAGUUUGUGCUAUUUCCUACUUCGCCUGUCGAGCUCAUUGAGGAUUCCGCUUUUAAAGCACCAGAUGGCGUUAAAAGACCGAGAGUGUAUAUACAAUUGCGAGCUCGCGGCCACUCGUCCUUGGGUUAUCUUCACGUGGAAUUAUUCACUGAGAUUUGUCCACUAACAUGUGCUCUGUUCCUCGAGCUGAUGAUGGGAGACGGGCUGGGCUACGGAUAUGUUGGGACCAGGUUCUUUAGGUAUAAAACCUACUUUAAUUUUAGCACUAAAGAAAUGGUAGUCAUGUGA